CGUCCCUUCAUUUCUCAGAUCUGAAAUUUUCUUCCCAAAUCACAACAUCAAAAAAACCUAGCCGAAUCCCCUUCAUUCUCACCGGACGCUCUUGGUUCCUUCUACGUCUCCCACUUUCCCAGGCUUCUCCCUUCUCCAGUUCUCCGUCGUGCUUUCCCUGCAUACCAAAUCCGCCGUCCCUGCAUACCAUUUCCGCCUUCCUUGCCAUGGAACCACCUGACGUGGUCAUCUCCUUUGCUCUUGGUUCCACUUCUCUUGCGGCAAAGGGCAACGAUUUGAUGAGAAUUCUAAAUGUUGCUGCUUUUGCUGUUUCUGGGUAUGCAUCGACUGAAGGGCGACAAUGCAAACCCUUCAAUCCUCUACUCGGGGAAACCUAUGACGCCGAGUAUCCAGAUAAAGGUCUGAAGUUCUUUUCUGAAAAGGUGAGUCAUCAUCCUAUGGUUGUUGCUUGUCAUUGUGAGGGAAGAGGAUGGAAAUGCUGGGCAGAUACUAAUCUCAAAGGCAAGUUUUGGGGCCGUUCAAUUCAGCUUGAUCCAGUAGGGCUUCUGACCUUACGAUUUGAAGGCGGUGAGACAUUUAGAUGGAGCAGUCUAUUAUUGACCGAAAUCGUCACCAGUAAACAAAAUCUACCGCUUUUACGCCUUCCCAUGUAUCUUUUGCAAAGAGAAGGAAUGGAUUGCUGAAGAAGGCCUAUGAGCUGUCUAUCCUUUGUGAUGCUGAAGUUGCUCUUAUCAUCUUCUCCAAUAGGGGAAAGCUCCAUGAAUUUUGCAAUACCUCAAGGUCAAAAGUAUUCAAGCCAUGAUUCAAGUUUUGCAUAUGGCGUUGCCAGACAUCAUCCUAUCCAUACUAUCAACCCUCCUCAUUAUAAGUCCUGAUUAUAGGUAUAUAUAUGUGAAUUUGAUAAGUUGUUCCUUUCUGUAAUGAAGAAAGUUGUCCAAAAACUCGACAUUCAGAUAUCCAAUUCUGGUGGUAGGAAUUACCGUCUCCCGCCCCAUAUCCAAUUCUGGUGGUAGGAAUUACCGUCUCCCGCCCCGUAUCCUUAAACGCCCUACACUGAGUAAAAAAUGUAAAACAAAAUUGCAUUUUUAUACUUCUUUCUUAUAGAAAUUCCCACACGUGUUUUUUAGUAUUGAAUUUAGAUUCAUGACUCAUUUUGAGUGGUUCACCGUUUUUUUUUUUGUUUUCUGCCUUACAUCAUAUUAAAGUUUUAUCAACAUUCUUAUCACUUUUUUUUCAAGUUUUCAACAUUCUUAUCACUUUUUUUAAUAUUUUUUGAUGUCGUCUCCUUUUCUCUGUUUUCUCCUUUACAUCAUAUUAAAGUUUUAUCACCAUUCUUACUAUUGCUUUUUUUACUAUCUAUUGUGCUUCAAAUUAUCAUCAUAGUAUACAAAUUCCAGCUUCUUAUCUACAACAUUUUUACAUACAACAUUUUUUACCUAGAACAUUUUUAUCAUAUAAUUUUGAAAUUCUGUUUCAAAGUAUCAAAAUAACUGUUUGGUACUGUAGAUUUGAAAUUUUAGGCUAUGUUUGGAUCUCGUGUUUAAUUUUGCAAAGAAAAUGCAUAUGGAAGCUACUAUCAUGCUUAGUUUUGCUUUAGAAAAUGCAAGGGAGAUGGAACAUGGGUGUUACUUUUUUAAUAUAUCUAAAAAAUCUUCUUCAUGUAAUGGACUUGAAUAAUUCAAGAGUGAUCACAACAUCAAAAAAACUACCGCUUUUACGCCUUCCCGCUCACUCCUGUCAACCGUCCGAUUUCAGUAAACAAAAUCUACCGCUUUUACGCCUUCCCCUGUAUCUUUUGCAAAGAGAAGGAAUGGAUUGCUGAAGAAGGCCUAUGAGCUGUCUAUCCUUUGUGAUGCUGAAGUUGCUCUUAUCAUCUUCUCCAAUAGGGGAAAGCUCCAUGAAUUUUGCAAUACCUCAAGGUCAAAAGUAUUCAAGCCAUGAUUCAAGUUUUGCAUAUGGCGUUGCCAGACAUCAUCCUAUACAUACUAUUAACCCUCCUCAUUAUAAGUCCUGAUUAUAGGAUGAUAGGAUUCAAGCUACUGUAUCACAACAAAUGGUGCGCAUCUUUGACGCCCAAAUAGAAGAGGGUGAGACAUAUGCAAUGAUGCACUUUACUGUAAGGUCCAAUAUUGAACAAUAUCGGCCAUGCUCCCACCGUUACAGACUAUGUUUCACCGAGGAAACCAAGGUGAAGCGUCAAGAAAAGAGUAUCAUGUCAUCCUUAUCAUAUUUUAAGUGUAAAAGCUUCUCAAAAAAUUUUGCUGAAGGAGAUGAUGUCUGUCUUCAAUUGUUUGAUGUAAUUGGUGCAUUCAAGGUUGGUGAUAAGGUGUUCAAGGCGGAACCUGGAGCGCAAAAAAAGUGGUGUAACUUUUACCUUCAUGAUUUAGAGGAUAAGAGGUUGCAUUGUACACUAUACAGUGAGUAUUCCGAACAAUUCCUGGAACAUGUAAAAAGGACAACGUCGGAAUAUGUAAUCGUGAUCAUCCAGUUGGCACGCACCAACAAACGCUAUGGUGAGCAGAUGGGGGUCUCAACAUCAUAUAAUGCCUCAAAGGUUCUCCUUGACGUCAAUGUCCCUGAUAUUGAGGAGUUUCGAACCAGGAUGUUGGAUAUGGGGUCAUCACAAUCCUUGAGCUCAACAUCAUCACGACCUGCAUUAAGUGAUGAUAAAGAAGUUGGAAUUGUCAAGAUGUUGUCUGAACUACAAACUACUAAGGAGGUUCGUGGGUUGUGGUUUUAUGGGAAGAUAAACACUAUUCUAAAUGCUACCAGUUGGGCUUAUAUGGGAUGCUUCAAAAGGUCAUGUCGUGCAAGAGCCAUAAAAUGUGAUAAUGAAUUUGAGUGCACGAAGUGCGGAGUGCGGUCUUCUGAAGAAAACUGACUCUACAAAUUGAAGCUGAACGUUGUGCAUGGUCGUCACAACGCUGAGCUACUAUUCUGGGAUCAAGCAUGCAAGCAGUUUUUGGGAAAACCUGCGUCCGAUUUUCGUGAACAUCUGGAUGAUGUCAAGUUAAGACCUCAUAGUGCUCCUCCAUUGUUCUACGACUUGGUUGGGCGGGAGUACUUAUUCAAAAUUGAGAGAGACAUCGCGAGUUUAGAUGGAUCCGAUGCUGCGUUUUGCAUAAGCAUGACAACAGACAAUAAGGAAAAGAUUGAGCAGAUUAAGUCAUCUUGGAAAGAUGAACCAGAGCCAGAGGCUGAAUAUAAUUCUGAUUCAGAUCUUGACUUAAUUCUUGAACCUCGAACUACGGUAGAAUCCAACUUGACACCAACAUCACCUGAGCAUGACCAAGGGCAGACUCCAAUUUCAUCCUCAAAGAGAAAAACUGAGGAUAUAGAUGGUAGCAAAGAAAUCUCAGAUGAUAAAACACUGGGGUCUACAAAUAAGAAUAAGAAGUUGAAGGAGGUCAAAAAAGAGAAACUUUGAAGUUCGCCAUUUAGAAAACAGGAUUUUAUUUUUUGUUUGAUUAUUCGUAUUUCUGCAUUCGCAUUUCCUCCUAAAGACAAUUUUUUAAUGUUGUGAUUGUGCCGUUUGUUGGCCUUGAAUAAGGGAAUUCCUCACAGUUGAAGACAAGCUUUGAUUUUUUUUGCCUUUCAAUUACUUCUAAUAUACGAGAGUAAAAAAUUGUGUGCUACUUUUUUCAUUAUUUCUCCAAUUCUAAUUUGUUAAAUAUAAUCUGUUUAUUUCUUUA